AUGAAGAUUGAGGGUUCUGGUCCUCGUCAUGCAAGAUCAAGACGUUUGAAUGCGUCUGUUAGGAGGGAGUUAGGUGGUGCAGGAAAUUCACAGGCACCGUUUCACCAUGAGCAGCAGUAUGGGACUGCUGGUACUUGGUCGGGGGAGCAUCAGUCACAAGGGAGCACCCCCAUGUAUUCGUCACCUACUGGAGUGCCUUCAUCUGACGAUGAGGAUGAAGAGCGAGGAAGUCAAGCUGCUGGAGAUGCACAGUAUGACCCUCAGGAUUAUCGUACUGUGUAUAGGGGUGACCAUGGGAGAUAUAUUAGUAGUAGUGAACCAGCUCAAGCUUCUACCAUCUCGUCAGAGUCAUGGGUGGUGCAGGAGCCGAUGUCAGGUGGGCCUGAGGAUGGUACUAUUAUUCCUAGUUUUGGGGGUCACGUGGCUGCCUACAUAUGGGGUGGGCAGGAGCGAAAUGUUCUGCGGUGUUUGAGCAGGACACAGUUGUGUACUGAAUUGGGUAACUGGCGCGCUCGUCUUCCGCAGGAGCACCUGGAACCGAUUGAUGGCAGUGGUCUAUCUCACUUACCCGGGAUCAUGUUUAGGCGAUUUGACUGGCCCUUGAUUUCUGCUUUUGUUGAGAGAUGGCAGCCAGACACGAACACGUUUCACAUGCCAUUUGGGGAUAUCAUGAUCAUGCUGCAUGAUGUGUAUCAUAUUCUAGGGCUUCGUGUUGAUGGUUCCAUGGUUUCCACUACUCCUAGCACGGACGUUGUACGGGACGCGUGCUCGAUUACCUUGGAUAUGACUGAGGAAGAGCUGAAUGAGAAGUGCGGUACUAAAACCUAUUGUAGCAUCAUUGAGCCAUAUAUGCCUGAUCGAGUGGUUCGACAACUUGGAUACGUCCAGGGCAUUCCACAAGCCAUCAUCAGGCCUGAGAAGGCAAAGAGACCGACGAACUUGAAGAUGUAUCGAGUUGACUUUCCGCCAGAGAUGACAUAUGUCAUGUGGACUCGGUUUGUCCCUGGUGUGUCUUUCAGUGUCGUGAUAGGUGCCCGCAGCAGACUUGGUGGUGGUGCUCCUACGGUUGGUCCUGGUUACAUGUAG